AUGGAUCCUACCCCAAGUCCAAAAGACAAACACGAUCUAGAAGUCGACGAAUCAGUAGUAGAUUCAUCCUUAUUCGAAGGUGAACUCUUCGAUGAAAAUGACGCCGAUAAAACAUAUUUAGCAAAAUCAAAAUUAGUGGCCGGAGCAAUUCAAGAAAUGGGGUUUGGAAGAUAUCAAAUUGGUUUAUUCUUCGUCGCUGGAUUCGGUUGGCUUUCGGAUAAUCUUUGGCCAGUAGCAACGGGAUUAAUCUUAGCUAGAUUGAACGAAGUAGAUGGUGUACAUGCCCCACCUGGAAAGGCCCCCUAUUUGACCCUAGCUCAGAAUUUGGGUUUAUUAAUCGGAGCAUUAUUUUGGUCACUUUCUUCAGAUAUAAUUGGUAGGAGAUGGGCGUUUAAUUUAACGUUUUUGAUUACGGGUAUUUGGUCAACUGUUGCAGGCGCAUCUCCCAAUUUUGCUGCAUUGGGGGUAUUUAAUGCAUUUUGGAGUUUUGGAGUUGGUGGGAACUUACCAGUAGAUUCGGCGAUUUUCUUGGAAGCAUUACCUAAGUCACAUCAAUGGUUGUUGACGGUUAUGUCUGGUUGGUGGGCGAUUGGUCAGGUGAUUGCUAAUUUGGUUUCAUGGGGUUUGAUUGCGAAUUAUUCUUGUUCGACGGAUGUUUGUCAUAAAGCUGAUAACAAAGGUUGGAGAUAUUUCUUGUUUGCAAUGGGAGGUUUUACUUUAUUGAUGUUUAUUGCUAGAUUUGCUUUUAGAGUUUUUGAAUCUCCUAGGUAUUAUUUAGGUAGAGGUGAUGAUGCUAGGGCCAUUGAAACAUUGGAAAAGAUUGCCAAAAUUAAUAAAACGGUGUGCCCAAUUACAAUUAAGGAUUUACAUGAUAUAGAUUUGAAAUAUGGAGAAUCAGAUGAUCAAAAGAAGAAUAAGUUACUUCAAGAAACAUUACAUAAAUAUGAUUUCUCCCAUAUAAAAGCAUGUUUUGGCUCCAGAAAAUUGGCAAUUUCUUCAGGAUUAGUUAUAUUCACUUGGGGAAUUAUUGGACUUGCAUUCCCGUUAUACAAUGCCUUCUUACCUUAUUAUCUUGAAACCAGAGGUAAUGCAAAUCAACCAUUAAGUGUGCAUGAGACAUAUAGAAAUUCAUUAAUUGUUUCAGUUUUAGGAAUUCCUGGUGCAUUAGUUGCUGGUUUAUUAGUUGAAUUAAGAAUUGGUAGAAAGGGAACCUUAUUUCUAUCAUUAAUCCUAACUGGAAUAUUUCUUUUCGGUUCUACAACUGCAAAGACAAGUAAUUCAAAUUUAGCAUGGAACUGUAUGUUCUCAUUUGUGUCAAAUAUAAUGUAUGGAGUAUUGUAUGCUUAUACUCCAGAAGUUUUCUUCUCCAGGAUUAGAGGUACGGCUGUUGGAUUGGCAGCGUCAUUCAAUAGAGUAUUGGGUGUGUUUGCUCCCAUUAUUGCAAUCUAUGCUAAUUUACAGACAUCAGCUCCAAUAUUUGUUUCUGGGGCAUUGUUUAUAUUUGCAGGUUUCUUAACAAUAUUCUUCCCGUUGGAACCUAGAGGUAAAGCAAGUUAUUGA